AGAGAGAGAGUGAGGGAGUGAGAGAGAUGGUGCGAGACGUGUGAAGAGCGCGCGGCUCGUGAGACCGCGCACAGUGGAGAGGCCCCCUCGCACUGCGUGGAUGAACUCGCCCUGGUGCCGCACUCAGCGCAGCAGCCCGUCAUGGGGGACGGUGGCGCGUCCUCGCCGCUGAACUUCCACAAUGGAACCGGGGGAGAGCUGCCGGACGCACCGGGCUCCUCCGCGUCCGAGCAGUGGAUGGCGGGACUGAGCCUGAUCAUGGCUCUCAUCGUCCUGUCCAUCGUGCUCGGGAACAUCCUGGUGAUCGUGGCCAUCGCCAGGACGCAGAGGCUGCAGACGCUCACCAACGUGUUCAUCGUGUCCCUGGCGAGCGCGGACCUCAUCAUGGGGCUGCUGGUGGUGCCCUUUGGCGCCGCGCUCGAGGUGCGAGGCUCGUGGAUGUACGGCUCCUUCUUCUGCGAGUUUUGGAUCUCCGUGGACGUGCUCUGCGUCACCGCCAGCAUCGAGACCCUGUGCGUAAUCGCCAUAGACAGGUACGUGGCCAUCACUUCGCCUUUUCGCUACCAGAGCCUGCUGACCAAAGCUCGGGCCAAAGCCGUGGUGUGCAUCGUGUGGGCCAUCUCUGCGCUCGUCUCCUUCCUCCCCAUCCUCAUGCACUGGUCCCGGGACAGCGAGGACACCGACUGCUACGAGGACCCGGAGUGCUGUGACUUUGUCACCAACAGGGCUUAUGCCAUCUCCUCAUCCAUCAUUUCUUUUUACAUUCCUCUCCUGGUUAUGAUCUUUGUUUACGCACGCGUGUACAGGGAGGCGAAGAAGCAGCUGAGGAAAAUCGACAAGUGCGAGGGCAGGUUUCACAACACCUUAACCGGCCUGACCUCCAAGUGCAGGAAGAGGCCGUCCAAGAUCCUGGCGCUCCGGGAGCAGAAGGCUCUCAAGACGCUCGGCAUCAUCAUGGGGACGUUCACGCUGUGCUGGCUGCCCUUCUUCAUCGUCAACGUGGUGCGCGUCUUCAGCGCGGAGGUGGUGGAUAAGAACCUGUUCGUGUUCCUGAACUGGUUGGGGUACGUGAACUCUGCGUUCAACCCCAUCAUCUACUGCCGGAGCCCGGACUUCAGGAAGGCGUUCAAGAGGCUGCUGUGCUGCCCGAGGCAAGCGGACCGCAGGCUGCACAUCAGCUCCUGCGACCUGUCCCGCUACUCCGGAGGGUUCGUGUCCACACUGGAGCACGGCGCGCUGGGGCUGUGGCCAGACUGCCCCGGUCUGGACAACAGCGACAGCAGCCUGGGGGGCACCGCGAAUAAGCUGCCUCACUCUGAAUCGCAGGUGUGAGGGAAACUUUUGUGGACGUGGAUUACAGGGAUGUGUCUCCCUCAGCUUGUGCGUAUUUUUGGAGAAAGCUAUGCGCAAAAGUUGUACCUUAAAGAAAUCAAACAUCUGGAGGACACGUUCACUCUUUUCCAGAUGAGGACCAACUAUCUAUCCAAGAUGCGCAAAAGUCUCCAAGUAUAUUUAUGGUGCCAGAGAUUAUCCACUUUUCCAAAACGACAUCGUCCCCGAAAUGUCCGGAUAGAUGGAUGUGAUGCGUCCUAAUGGUUGAACGCACUUUGCCAUAAAGCGCACGGACGCUCCAGUGGUUUUAUCCUGAUGUUUUCUUUUUAUUUAUGUCUUAUUUUAUUGGAUCGGCGGUUGGGUCAUUAAUUAAGCAGGAUAAUUUAUUUAGGAGAAGCGGGUGUCUUAUAUUCUAAACUAUGGUAUGAGGUUCAAAGUCACCGCUCAGGCUCAUGAAAAGAAAACGAUUGUUAUAGAAACAGUGACUGUACUGUAGUCUGUAGUGUCACUGUGUGUUUUACCUCACAGCCAUCGGCAAGUGCAAUUUGUACGACAGAUUUGUUUAUAUUAAACAUUUAGCUUGUGCAUAUAUACAUAUGUAAAUAAAAAAACCCAAUCAUAUUGUAUUUAUUCCGCACUGUCUUUUACAACCAUGUGGGGCCCUUUGUACAUAUUGUAGUUUGUGCUGUUUAGUACCGACGUGAGGAAUUUGAGCCUCAUCCUUUGUCCUUUCUCGUUUAAGCUUUACAUGCUGUUGUGAGGUGGUUUGUUGACUCCUGUGAAAUAAAAGGAUGUUU